AUGAAAUAUCUAAACUCGCUCGAUUCUCUCCUACUCAUCCCUUUAAUACUAUCAAACCUAAUCAACGCUAUAUCCUCCUCAAACUCUUCCACCUCCUCAAACAUAAACUCCAUCUUUGACAUACAACAAAUCAACACUCCCUCCCUAAACUACCAAUCCUUCGGUAACCAAAUUGGCUUCUUUGGUCUAUUCGAUUCUGUUGCCAUACUAAAAUACAGUGGUCAACAGGAUUUAUGGCUCUCCCAACAAGACGAUACAGACUCAGACUCUGACUCAGGCUCUGAUUCAACCACCUUUAUCUACGCUUAUGAAAACAAUCUCGAUCUAUACUCUUCCUCAAACUCUUCAAACUCAUCUUCCUCCUCCUCAUCUUCCUCAAAUGUCUUGAAAAUCACACAACUCUCAGACGUCGUCCAACUCGUUUACCCAAUCUAUGACAACUCCUUCAUCCUCGUAGGCGAUUUCGGCCACUACUCCCAAAUCAACGAUUCAAACACCCAAAUUUCCUCUCCUUGCAUCUUCAACAUAUCAACAAACCAAUUCCUACUCAUAGAUCCUGACCAUGAAAUUAAUGGCACCAUUUCCUCCAUCUACUUUGACCAAGCCUCGGACUUGAUUUACUUUGGCGGUAACUUUGAAUUCAACAACUCCUUUGGCUCUCUCAUUUACGAUUUGAAUGACAACCAAUUGAAAAACUUGCCCUUUAAUGGCUUCAACCAAAACUCUCAAAUAAACUCUAUCCAAAAGAUUAAAGACAACUCAAUCCUCUUUGCCGGCGAUUUCUACUCCCUAGGUCUACAAAACUUACUAUUCACAAACCAAUCUUACUUUCUCUCCUACAAUAGCACUCUCCACAACUCAAUAAACUCUACAAACAACUCUCAAAUCUCAAUCGACAUAGACCAAGUCGUCUCCUUCAAAUACGCCAACAUCACAACAGACAGCACCGACCAAUCCAUUGCUGAUUCCUCCAUCAUCUGUCCCAACGACAACUCAAAUGGUUGGCUAAUGGGUGAAGCCAUCCAAGAAGGCGCCUGGGUAGCUGACUUGCCCUUCACUGUCUACCCAACAAAAAUCAGAAUUUACAACUCUCGCUACAACGAUAACGCUGGCGUUAAAACCUUUAGACUAAUCACCUCUCCCUCAAACUCUAUCAUGAACCUAACUUACAUUGACCCAGAAACAAACCAAUUGGCAACAUGCAACGCUUGGUGCCCUCUUCUACAACAAACUAAUAUACAAUCCCUAUACGAAAAUUUGGACGAACUAAAUCCAAAUAACAUAACAAACCUUACCUCCACCUCCUAUCUCAAUGAUAACUCUGUCGACUCAACUCUAUCCUGGGGCCCAGAAUAUCAAGAUUUUGCCUUUGUAAACUACAUUCAAGUAAAUUACCUAAAUCUCCACGUCUACGAUUACUACGGCUCAAGAGGUGGCCUAGCAGGCAUCGAAAUGUUCACCAGAGAAAUCCUAACCUAUGCCAACAACACCCUCAAUGAGCCAAACUGCGAUACUCAAUAUUCAGGAAGAUCUUACUCUGAAGUAUCUGGCAGUGGCUGGGAACAAAGCAUCACUGGAACCUUUGCCAGUAACAAUAUAGACCUAUCUGGCUCAGAUCCAACUUCUAUCGGUGUAACCUUUUACCCAAAUAUCUCCUACUCCGGUAACUAUUCUCUAUCCCUCUAUACCCCAGGCUGUCAAGCUGAUGGAACUUGUGACACUAGAGGUAUGGUUUCCGUAAAACUAUACGAUGCCCAAAAUAACCUCUUAAAUGACUUUAUCUCCUACCAAAAUAACGAAUUUGAAAAAAUUGAACCCUUAUAUUCAGGCUACCUCAAUAUAACCAACCCAUACGAUGAAGAUUAUGAUGAAGACGAUAUUUCAAGACCAAGAGUCGAACUAACUUUUAGCAACUACAUCCUAGGUCUAAGCUCCGAAAGAGUCACAAUGGUUGCUGAUAAAGUCUCUGUCGAAAUUUUGGGCUUGGACACUGUCUACAAUUCAACUCACUCAAACUCAACAAACAGUACUACCAUCGAUUUAGAACUUGAUAACAAUUAUUACAUCUACUUGAACGGUUUGUUUGAAUACGAUACAAAUAAUUUCACUGCUUUUUCUGAUGAUUAUGAUUCCUUCAAUUUUUCUUCAGAAGAUUUCGAAAAUACUUUUGUUGGAAACUCAUCAAUUAAUAAAUUAAUGGUUGAAAAUUUCAAUAAAAAUGCUUCCAUCAACUCAAUCAUCUAUUUAAACAACUCUCUAUAUAUUGGUGGGGACUUUAGAUCCCUAGCAAAUGGCAGAUAUUUUCAUUCUGUUAAUAUCGGUGAUUAUGACGAUUCGAAAAAUGAAUUGGAAAUCUCAAAUAAUAACAUUGAUAGCUCAUUUAACAACAUAAUCAAAGGCAUGUUUACUGGCUAUGACGAUUCUUUAAUUGUCGUUGGAACUUUUACCGAUUUUAACUCAUCCGAUUUAAGCUCUUUAGAUCAAAAUGAUGAUAACAGAUACUCUCCAAAUCAUGUCGCGGCUUUAAUUCAAAAUGACUGGUACACUUUUUCUUCAGGUGUAACUGAUUCUAUCUAUCAUUUUUCAAAAACAAUUUUCAAUGAUAAUGAGUAUUUCAUUUUUAGUACACAAAAUUUUGAUAUAUUUCAUUUGUGGGAUAAUACAAAUAAAUACUGGGUCAGUAGAAAUGAACUCACAUUAAACGUAACUAGCUCAGCUGUUACUAAUGAUGAGCAAAUUUCUGUGAUUUUUGGAAAUAUUCAAUUAAAUGGUAUUUCAACACCAAAUGGUGUAUUUAUUGACCAAAAUGAAAGUUUAAGGACUUUUGGUUUCGACUUUGAUGACUCAAGAGAAAUUAAUAUUGUUCAUGAUACCUUAUGGUUUAAUGAAUCCUUAACCGUAAUUUCCGGUGAUUUCGAGACCACAGAGGGUAUUUCCAAUCUUUUAUUCAUUCAGGCUAUCAAUGGAUCAAUUGUAUAUACUGGAUUAGAUGAUUUUAUCAAUUGGCAAAAUUCAUCAAUUUCAACUAUUAAUAAAGAUAAAACUGGAAGAUACUUGUAUAUUGGUACUAACGGCGAUGCUGAAUUAUUAGAAAGAGAAAUUUCUAGUAAUAUUUUCAUCUAUGACUUGUUUUAUGAUAACUUUACAGUUCCAUCGCCUGUUAUCUCAGACAGCGGUGAAUCUAAAAUCAAUGCUCUUGUUUAUAGUGAAAGGCAAAAUAUCUUAAUCGUCGGGGGUGAGUUUGAUAAAGCAUCUUCUUUAGAUUGUCCAAACUUAUGUUUCUAUGACUUGGAUUCUAACAGAUGGAAUGAUUUAUCAACAACAACUAUAACAGAUGGUAUUGUUUAUUCUAUGAAUAUGACUAGUAACACCAAAUUAUUUAUAACAGGAGAUCUUACUGUUGAAAACGUUCAGGGAUAUUUAGCUUCAUUUGAUUUUUCAACUUCACUAAUACAAAUCAAUCAUGACUUAAAUGACCCUGCCACUACCUCUUCAUCCAUAACCAAAAAAAGAAGCAAUAUUCUUGAACAAACUUUUGAUGAAUCAGACUCUUCUGAUAUUGCAAUUCCUACCAGCGUUAAGCAAUUCAUUUUAGUUGAUGGAGGUGAUAGUACCAAUGACAGAGUUUUAGUUCUUGGUGACCACUACGUCUCCGCCUAUAAUACAUCGGAAUGGACCAGAUUAGACCUAUUAACAGAUGAAUUAGAACACCAUGAAUCAAAUUUCACAAAAUUCAGAUUGGUAAAUGUUGAAUCAGAAGAAAGUAAUUACUAUUUUGAAGAUAAUAAGGUCUUGGUUGUUACAGGUAGCAUCGAGUUUACUGAAUAUGGUACAUUUUCAGUUGCAUUUUUCAAUGGUACAAACUGGUUCCCAUAUUUGCGUACCUUUUCAGCUGAUGAUACUGAUCCUAUCGUCUACAGUAUUUUAUUGAAUAAAGCAAUUUCCUCCGAUAACAAAGACACCUCUGCUAUAAGCCAUGAAAAUUUAGCAAAAGGUUGGAUUGUAUUUAUCUCUUUGGCGUUGGCUAUUGGAACUAUAAUGUUGCUAUCACUACUCGCUGUUUUAAUUGCAAUGUUCAAAAGAAGAAAAAACGAUUAUGACCCAAAUCUGCAAACCAGAAUUGAAGAACAAGAAAUGGUACAAACAGUGCCCCCUGCCGAGUUGUUCGAUCAUAUGAAUGAAUUUAAGCAACAUCGUCAAUAG